AUAUUUGGUCAACAAAUUUAUAGCUGACUCACAGUCAGUCAGUCAGUGAACACACAAAGCCAUUGAUUGUUAGAUUAAAUCAAAGUUUUUUAAAUCAAAUUAAAAAAAAGUUAUUUAAACAAAAUUUUGUGUGUAUUUUGACCACCACUUCGGGGAUUUCAUUGCCGAUUGAGUGACCAGUUUUUUGUGUUGGUUUAAUUUGCUAACUAUUGACACAAACACUAUUCAAGACAACAAUGCCGGCCGAAAAUUUUGAAGAAGAAAGUUUGGCCAAAAACCCGAACCUCGAGUUAGCCCAAUGGAAGUUUAUGUUGACCACUGACCAACACAAGGAUAAUGUCCGCAUUCGGGCCGAUCUGUUACGGGCUAUAGAGGACAAAGAUAUGGCAAUAUUUUACCAACAAGUAUGCGAUGAUCUAAAAUGGCCGCUCAAUGCCGAACUAUUGGCUCAGAUGACGGCCAACAAUGAGAAGAAACUGAAAGAAUUGGAUGACGCCAUAGAAGACGCUGAAAAAAAUGCCGGAGAAAUGGAAGUGAGAGAAGCAAAUCUGGCAAAAGCCGAGUACUAUAGUAUUAUCGGCGACAAAGAGUCGGCACUGACAGCACUGCGCAAGACUUAUGAUAAGACUGUAUCGUUGGGUCAUCGGCUCGAUCUGGUCUUUCAUAUGAUCCGAAUCGGACUCUUCUAUUUGGAUCACAAUCUAAUUGCCCGUAACAUUGAAAAGGGUAAGUCAUUAAUAGAAGAGGGCGGAGAUUGGGAUCGAAGAAAUCGGCUUCGAGUCUAUCAGGGCUUCUAUGCGUUGGCCAUUCGAGACUUUGCUUCGGCGGCCAAUUUCUUUUUGGACACAAUAUCGACGUUUACCUGCUAUGAACUGACAGAUUACCGUACAUUUGUUUCGUAUACUGUUUUAUGUUCAAUGGUUGCUCUACCGAGAGUUGAACUCAGAAAGAAAGUGAUUCGCGGCUCUGAGAUUCUUGAGGUAUUGCACACCAAUACCGAUGUUCACGACUAUCUGUUCUCACUGUAUGAAUGCCAAUACGCCAAGUUCUUCUGUAAGCUGUCGUGGGUGGAAAACUAUAUGAAAACCGAUCGCUUGUUUGCACCGCACUAUCGCUACUAUAUUCGUGAGAUGCGAAUCCUGGCCUACAAUCAACUGCUCGAAUCGUAUCGUAGUCUCGAAUUGCAAUACAUGGCCAACGCAUUCGGCGUUACCGUUGACUAUGUUGACCAAGAGUUAGCCCGUUUUAUAGCGGCCGGACGUUUGCACUGUAAAAUAGACAAAGUUAAUGGUAUUGUCGAAACCAAUCGACCCGACAACAAGAACUAUCAAUACCAGGCGUGUAUCAAACAGGGAGAUAUACUAUUGAAUCGCAUCCAAAAGCUCAGCCGAGUUAUUAACAUUUAAUAAUAUCAUUAUUAUUAGUAAUAUUUUAUAUUAUAUUUUCAUUUU